ACCAUUUAAAAACAAAACUACAAGAAGGUCUGGCUGCUUGGCAGCAAAAUCUAAAGAAAUAAGAGGUGCGUCAAGGCUUUUGUACAGUGCUGUUUGCCUGUGUGGACCAUACCAAAGGUGUAACAGCAGUGCCCGCGUCAUCCUCUACUUUGUCUCCACCCCUAACAUUUCUGGUCACAUGGGGGUAGAUUUCUGUGGCAGUGUUAAUUUAUUGCCUGGGUGUAUUACUUCACACGACACAAUGCAACAUUUCCCUCAGAGAUUUAAUCCAGUUAAUCUGUGAAUUUUUUUUUAUCCACAAAGGUGUGAUUUUGUCUACCAACCAGUACCAACAAAUUAUUUAGUAGAAAAAUGAGACAGCUGUUUUUUCCAACUACGAGGGCAAAAUAUUCUGCAAUCUUCUGCUGUCUGCUGUUGGUUAUGGUUGGUUUUACUUCCUUAUAUUUAAGAUCUUUAAGAAAUGCUAACGAGAUGCCGAAACUGCCAAUGACUAGUAAACCAGAAGCAAGAUGCAACAUUAAUUUGGAUGACACACUUAAUUUCGGGGCCAGACCAUUGGUUCAGACAUUCACAUCCUGGAAAGCUCCUAUCAUCUGGGAGGGGAUGUUUGACUCCAUUCUUUAUGACCAAAGGCACGCUGACAAAAAUUCAUCUGUGGCUCUUACUGUGUUUGCUGUGGGAAGGUACCUGGAUGCCUACCUCAAGACUUUCCUCACCUCAGCAGAACAACAUUUUAUGUUGGGAUUACCAGUGACGUAUUACGUGUUCACAGAUUCACCAGAGAAAGUACCAAACAUAACACUCGUUUCUCGGCGAAACAUAAACAUUGUCCAAGUGGAAAAGCACACCAGGUGGCAGGACAUCUCUAUGAUGCGAAUGAGAACAAUAUCAGAAACAAUAGAGUCAGAGAUUCGUCACAAAUUUCGUUAUGUCUUCUGUUUUGAUGUGGAUCAGGAGUUUAAGGGGAGAUUUGGGUCUGAGACACUGGGUGAUUCUGUGGCAUUGCUCCAUGCCCACUAUUAUAAAUUACCAAAAGCCCAGUUUACCUACGACAGAAACCCCAAAUCUAAAGCCUUCAUGGAAACUGGAGAUUUUUACUACCAUGCUGCUGUCUUUGGAGGACUGUGGCAAAAUGUAAAGCAUUUGGUUGAUGCCUGUUACCUGGGCAUCAUAGAGGAUAAACUAAAUAAUGUGGAAGCUCAGUGGCAUGAUGAGAGCCAUCUAAACAAGUACUUUUGGAUUCAUAAACCAAGCAAGCUGCUGUCUCCAGAGUACUGCUGGGACCAGAGCAUUUGGGACAAGCGUGAUAUACUUGUCACCCGUCUAGUGUGGGCACCAAAACAUUAUGAAACACUUCGUAGUGGGUAGAGUGGACAGGAAAUUAAAAUUAGAACCCCUAUGUGAGAGAAGUGCAAGCUUGUUGUUGAUUUUAUAUUGGGUUAUUAUCUGUUAAGUGGGCUAGUGGCUCUAUAGUAUAGUGGUUUACACAUUCACCAACUAGUGAAAGAUUUUCAGAUUCCUAAACAAAUAAAUAAAUAAAAUGAAUCUUCCAAAUUACUACAUGUGGAACUACCCCCUAUGGGUGCCCCCCACUACCACCUGCAGCCAAAAGUAGCUUUCAUGCAGAAAAGUGGUUUGGGGGAGCAACUCAUCUUCCUUUUCUAAAGAUUAAACUCAGGAAAAUCUAAAUGCUCAGGCAUGAAAAACAAUAUUUAUUAUUUACAUCAGGCAUGUCAAACAUAACGCUGACCCUGGCACCCAGACUUUUUCUACUGAUAAAGACAUCUCCCACUGCUAUUGAUACUACACAAAGGAAAAAUAAUUGAUCAACAGUUAAAUGACCGAAAGGUUUCCGUGUUUCAUUACCCAGUGCAGAAAUAUCUACUCAAACAUUUGUUUAGUCAAUGAGCUACCAGAACUUUUUUUUCUUUUUUUACAUUUAUUAUGUAGAAAAACUUAUUAUUCUGACUUACAGUUAAAAUUGUGCAUCUUUUCUGUAUAUUAAGACUUCUCAGGCAACUGUAGUUAAAUGUCUGUAUAGUGAUAGAAACAGGAGUUUCCCUGGUCUGGUCCACAAGAUAAAACUGUGCCGUAUUUGGGGCAUGAUGUAAAAUAGGUUUGACAUCCCUGAUUUACAUAAAUUGGCUUCAAGUAGCAUGGUGUGAAGCACUAUUGCCUCACAGAAUGAAGAUCUUGGGUUUAAAUCCUUUCUGUGUGGAGUUUGCAUGUUGUCUCCAUGGUUGCGUGGGUUCUCUGUGGGUACUCCAGCUUCCUCCCACAGUCCAAAGACAUGCACUUAGUGGGGUUAGGUUAAUCUGUGAUUAAUCUAAGAUUAAUAGUUUGAGUGGGUGUCUGCCACCGCCCCUUGACCCCUAAAUCGGACAAGCUGAGGAAGAUGGAUGGUUGAAAAGAGCAAAUUGAAAAGUAGUAAACAAAAAUUAGUAUUAAGAAAAGAAAUGACAAGAAAAUGUCAUAGGUGGCAGCUGCUGUUACUAGGCUAAAUAUGUUGAAUUUUUUAGUUUGCUUGUUUUGGCAAAUCGAAUCACAGA